UCUGGGGGCGGCGGGGCACGACGAGGCUCCUGACCUGCCUUGCAUUGAUUUACCCUCGAAUAGCGCCCUCCAGAUACCCUUGCUCCUCUCCCCUCUCCAUAACGAGUCCCUCUUGGCUCGACGUCAUGAACGACUUCGAAGAUUACGACCCCUACGACGUUGAGCUUAGCGGCAGUCAAGGUGCUAGUGGACACGAGGAGCAUCUCGACGACUCACCAGCUCGUUCAUCUCGCCGUAGACGUCGAAGCAACGACCAUGGUAGUCACGACGCCUCGGUAGAUGCAGACGAGCUUGCAGGCCUGGGUAGCCAGCAACUGGACGCCUCCCAUGCGUACGGCUACGAUCAGCAACAUGGCACGACUGCCGAGGCUGGUGGCCUUUCCCUUGCUGAUGAGCUUGGUGGGCUCAGUGGUGGGAAUGACGGCUCAGUGGAUCCUUCUCACGAUGCCUCGACGCUUGCAGACGAGAUGAAUCGGCUCAACACCACAACCUCAACAGUAGCGCCAAAGGCUUUGGCUAGUGAUCUGAACGACGGCCUGCCCUCCUCUUCCUCUGCGGCGGCACCAUCGUCCUCCCAGGACUCAGCGUAUACAGCGGCACCAGCCACAACCUCGGCCUCUUCCUCCUACGACGAUGACAUUGCCGAGGCUCGGGCGCGCCAGCAAGAGGCAAGCCUGCAGGAUCUCUCCAAGUCCAUCGCCGAGAGUGUCGCUCAUACGGACGAGUUUCUUGCCAAGCUGCGAGCGGGGGAUGAGGAUGGCCAAGCGCCUGUCGCAAGUACCGCUACUGCUUCAUCGUCCUCGUCAUCAAGGCCGAGCUCAGCCGCCGCCCGCGAUAUCUCUCAUCUAGAAUCACUCGGACACUCGCUGGGCUUAUCCCUGCGCGAACAGGCAGAGCUGCGUGUCAACCAGACGCGCGAGCUCCGGGAUAUCGAGCGAGCGCUGAGUAGGGACGACCCGGCUCUUUGGAUGGCACUGGCCCAUGUCGUGGGCUCAGCGGCUGCAGCAGCUGCUCACGAAUCUUACCAAGUCAACGGUGAUGGGCCAGAUGGUUUGCAGGCGAUGGCUCUCGAUCUAGAUCGGGACCUUACCCCACCAGCAGCGCAAGACGUGCUUGGCUACUCUCGCGACCCUGUUUCCGCCCCUUCGACGUCAUGCUCUUCAGCAGGCCCCAGCCCCUCCUCCCCGCUUCACGCGCACCUCACCCACCUUUCCUCCCUAACAGCCUCCCUCACCACCUCGUUACGCUCCAUCUCCGAGACACUCCAAGUAUCCGCAGCUUCCUCCCGCGAAGCGGCCAAACGUCUUCGCUCACUUCGCAAGGCUGUCGAGGAGGCAAGGCGCGAAGCGGAGGAGACGGAGCGGGCGAGCAGGGCAAUUGAAGCUGAGAGGAGUGAGACUACUGAAGGGGUUGGGGAAAGCAGGCGAAGAAAGAGCGAGGCAAUCAGGCGCGAGAUGGACGAGGUGCGCAAGGCCUUUGAGCGGGCGGAGGGGCUAGUUAAGGAGAAGGGAUGGGGAAGGACGUGGAUCGAGAGCGAGCUCAUGGAUGAUAGAUUAGAGAAGCUGCCGAAGGAGAGUUGGGGGAAAGGAUAUCUCAGAGUGGUAGAUCAGCACCCUGCCGUCGCGGGACUCGUGUGAGCGGUAGAGGGCAGAGUGGGUAAAGGAGACGACUUCGACGACGAUAGACACGACGGACCACAUACAGUUACAAGGCUCACGACGACAAGCCCAUGUAGAGGCGAUGAGCGCCUCAACGAUCUCACAGAGCACUCAAUCUCAAUAAUUGGCGUCUAGACU